GCGCGGGCCCCGUGAUGCGGCAGUGGGCCGCGCUCUGUUUGAUCGGUUCCGUGUCUAUCUGCCUUCGAUGGGCGCCCUCCGAGAGAACGCGGCCGACGACAGCUCCAGAGGCGGGCCGCUGUGCAGUGCUGAGGCCGACCGUGGGCCCGCAGGGCGGGAUGCUGCCGCGGCCGCUCGACGCCGCGAAGACGGUCCUGGGCGCGGCGACGAAGCCCUCGAGCCAGACCGCCCUGCCGACGGUGUCGCUGCUGAGUCGGCCGACCUUGCCGAUCGCCAGGGCACGGGUCUCGGCGUCGAGGCAGGGACUGCGGCGGCUGGGGCCGACUGCGGGCCCCUCGGCUGCGCGCCAGUUGCGCCGCGGCGCGGGCGCGGGGGCGGCCCCCCGGCCACCCGGGGCAACGAGGCGCCGCCCGCUGGGCCGGGGGGCCGCGUCGGCCGGGCUGGGGCCGGACGCGCUGGAGCUUGGGAAGAGGCGGAGGCUGGAGAGGUACGGCAGCCAGAGGACGGACGUCGACGCCCCGAUGAGUUUCUUGGAGCGCCGCGCCGUGCGCCCUCGCACGGAGGCCAACUACCGCAACCGCGCGGCCACCUUCGAGCGCUGGGCCCUGGCGUUCAGGGCGCCGCUGGGGGCCCGCAACCGCGCUCGAUGGCGGCUGCUGGCCCAGACCAAGUCUCGGUUGCCGAUCCCGCUCCCAGUGGCCGCCCUCAUGGCCAACGCGCUGGCGCUCGGGGGGAAGCUGCAGAUGGCGUCGGCGGUGAUGGUGGCCUUCGCGUUCAUUCUCAGGCCCGCCGAGGCGAUGCGCAUCCGAGUCCAGAGCGUGGCGCCGCCGCCCCGAGAGGGCUGGGCAGGUCGCAGCCGCUGCUCCUUGGUGCUUCACCCGCUCGAGCACGGAGUGAGCUCAAAGACGGGAACGCGCGACGAGUCGCCGGUGCUCGACAACCCCGAGUUCGCCUGUCUGGGGAACGUGCUGGACCUCCUCAGGCGGGAGGCCAAGGGGGGCUACCUGUUCGCGUUCAAUUACGCCGACUGGGUCCAGAGCUUCGCCGACGUGGGGCGACGGCUGCGGCUCGGGUACCUGGGCCCACCCGUGCUGUGCCAAUUCAGGCACGGGGGGGCGUCGCACGAGGGGUGCCGAGCCAACCAGGUGCUGGCCUCCCUCGGCGCAGCCCUGCGGAGGCACGGCGCCGACUGCGAGGCCAGAUUUGGCGUGCCCAUCCAUGAGAUCGACAUCCGCCAUCACCUGUCGCGCGACCUCGCGUUGCGCAGGGGCCAGCGGAUCAUCCGAGGUCUUGUCCAGCGCGGCCUGGUGCUAGCCAUCUGGCUCGGGGUGCCCUUCAAUGCUUUCUCACGGGCGCGAGAGUCGGGCCCCCCUGGGCCACCGCCCUUGCGGCCCGCCGAGUUCCCAGCAGGGCUCCCCGACUUGCAGCCGCGCGAUCGGCAGAAGCUGGAAAUGGGCAACGCGUCGGCCACCUUCGCUGCCCGCCUGAUGGCGGAGUGUCGGCGAAGGAAUGCCCCAGUCGUGCUCGAGAAUCCAUGGGCGAGUCAGCUUUUCCAGCAACCCUGCUUCUUGAGGCUCCCACAGGCCGAGCUGCGGACAGCUGUCGCUGACUACCGCCAGGACGGAACCCGCUG